CGCCCCGAGCGGCGCGUGGUUUACACGACGGUUGCUGGGCACCUGGGCGGCUCCGGGCAGGCGAGGGCUGCUAAAGGAGCUGUAGGAAUGAACGGAUGAGUUCCUGAAGAGUCCUGUUUUAUCCACUGUUGUUCUCCCUGGACCCAGAGCUAAGUCUAGUGGAAGACCAAAGUGAUGUAAGAAAUCCAGCCAUGGAAAUACUUGUCACCAGAGCAUUCUGGGUAAAGGCAUCUCCCACUGUAGAAACUCUGGGAUAGGAACGAGCUCAGCCCGUUUGAAGACAUCACAGUUUGCUGUAGCUGGAAGGUUCAGAUGUACAAGAUAAGGAAAUUGAUACUCAGAGUUUAAGGGUCUUGACCAAGGACACAUAUCUACAUGCACAUUACAGAAUCAAACUAUGAACAUUUGGAGAAGAAAGACCCCCCAGUAUCCACAGUUUCUCAGCCCUUAUAUACAGUGAUAGAAAUUCCAGAAAAAGACUCUAUACCCGAAGAUACAGUAAAUCAACAAAGGGAACCAGAACUCCAACAAGUCAAUCAUGAGCAGUUACCCAGUGAUCCUAACAGUAGUGCACCUGAAGAAACUAAGGAAACUGUCCUGUCAAAAAAAGAGGAAAUAAAACCAGGGCUGGAAAAGAAGACAUGUCUUUCUUGUCCUCCACGAGGACAAUUGAAUAGAGUUAUUACAAGUGGACUUAUAUUCUUGAUGAUAUGGUGUGUAACCUGGUCAUUCACAGGCUCUGAAGUUUUCCCUGGUAGAAAUAUAUUUGGAGUGUUAGUUAUUUUUUAUAGUGCCUUUGUUGGGGGGAAACUUUUACAGCACAUUAGAAUACCUUCAGUGCCUCCCCUUCCACCUCUUCUUGGGAUGUUACUGGCUGGUUUUAUCAUCCGGAAUGUUCCGUUCAUCAGCGAGCAUGUCCAUAUUCAGAGUGUGUGGUCGUCAGCCCUGAGAAGCACUGCCCUUGCCAUCAUCCUGAUACGAGCCGGGCUUGGGCUUGAUCCUCAGGCUUUGCGGCAUCUGAAGGCAGUCUGUCUCAGAUUGUCCAUGGGUCCUUGCCUCAUGGAAGCAUGCUCGGCUGCCUUGUUUUCUCGCCUCAUUAUGAAACUUUCCUGGCAGUGGGGAUUUCUACUAGGUUUUGUCGUAGGCGCUGUCUCUCCUGCUGUUGUUGUCCCUUCUAUGCUGUUUUUGCAAGAAAAUGGAUAUGGUGUUGAGAAAGGCAUUCCAACCUUACUCAUAGCCGCCAGCAGCAUGGACGACGUCGUGGCGAUCACUGGAUUCACCACGUGCAUGAGCCUAGUCUUCUCCCCAGGUGGUGUCAUUAACAAUCUCCUGUCCUCUCUGCGGGAUGUACUUAUUGGUCUAAUGGUAGGAACUGUUUUAGGAAUUAUUCUUCGAUAUUUUCCAAGUGGAGAUCAGACAAAACUUACAUUUAAGAGAGCACUCCUUGUUUUGAGUAUGUGUCUUUCUGCUGUCUUAGGCAGCCAACGCAUCGGCUUACACGCAUCUGGAGGGUUAUGCACGCUAGUGCUGACUUUCAUUGCAGGGACAACAUGGGCCGACGAAAAGAUUGGAGUCCAAAGGCUUAUUGCAGCUGCCUGGAACAUUUUUCAACCUCUUCUUUUUGGUUUAGUUGGAGCAGAAGUAAAUGUUUCAUCUCUUCAAUCAAAUACUAUUGGCAUUUGUGUUGCUACCAUAAGUUUGUCGUUAUGUGUUCGCAUUUUAACCACAUAUACAUUGAUGUGUUUUGCUGGUUUUAGUAUGAAGGAGAAAAUAUUUAUUGCUUUAUCAUGGAUGCCCAAAGCUACAGUCCAGGCUGUAUUAGGUCCUCUGGCUCUAGAAACAGCAAGGAUCUCGGCGCCGUACUUGGAAACCUAUUCGAAGGACGUGAUGACGGUGGCAUUCUUAUCCAUCUUGAUCACAGCUCCAAACGGAGCCUUGCUUAUUGGCAUACUAGGGCCCAAAAUGCUCACGCGCUGCUACGAUCCGGGCAAAGUGGAGGCGCAGCUGUCGGAAUGCAAACACCAUUAAAGUUUCUCAGCCAUCACGUGCCUGCUUCCUUGAACGAAUUAUUCGCCUGACAGAACAAAUUUAAAGUACAAGUAUCUGGAGAUUAUAUGUCCAGAAUUUAGUAAAUACGUGACUUCACUACAGGACUUUCCUCUGA